AUGAACAAAGCGGAAAAUCCUUAUGCUACAUUGAGCGGCGUUGCGAAGAAUGCGAGCAAAUCGGAGGCCGGUGUCAAAGGAUUAUUAGAAGAAUUUAUUCCGUCAGGGUCGAACGCUUCACAAGUGGUGGAAAAGAUGAAAGUGGUGCAUAUCGAUAAUACCACGCUAACCGAAGAGCAAAAGCAAAAAAAGGAAAAGAAGAAAAAGAAGAAGGUGGUUCGACUGACGGCUCGUGAGCGGCGAAACCUGGGCGUUUACGAUAUCCCUUCCGAAGUACGGUCCUACACUUUAUUUGAACCGUUGCAUCGACUCUGGCAAGGUUAUAUGAAAGAAGUAUACGACCACGGAUCCGCCCAAUUUCCACAGAAACUCGUCAAGGCGGACUUUCAUGGGGCCAUCUUCACUGUCAUCAAAAGUAAUAACCCUUCCUUGGUUGGCACUCGCGGAAUUGUUUUGCAAGAAACGCUCCAUCUGUUUAGAUUGAUUACAAAGGAGAAUCGUUUAAAGAACGUACCCAAAGCAGGCAAUGUGUUCAAGAUGGAAAUUGAUGCUAGUACCGAUGUAUACACAUUGUAUGGUCAGCAACUUUUAUUCCGUGCUGCUGAACGAGCUGUUAAGAAAUUCAAACCCAAGCCCACCAUUGAUCUUUGA